UGGAAGUUUGCCUUCUCCGGGCACAGUUGGAAGGUUGAUGGUGAACAUUAUCGAACGAUUGGGUGUGAAUGCUUCGAGCUAAUUUUAAACACACAACUUCCGCAACAUUACGACAUCGAAUGAUAUUUUUUUCUCCUCCCUUUUUUGCUCGUAAACAACAAUCUGUUGCGUUUUGUAAAUCUAAAUCGAUUGAUUGCACUUGAUACCGGCUGAUGCAAUGGACCAAAAGGCCACCUCUCCGUUGGACAAUUGAAGCAAAGCGCAAUUUAUCGUCCACUUACAGAAAAGACGUCACUGGAAUACGAAUUAGGUGAAUUCUAAUUCUAACCCGAUGUAUUAAAUGGGCUGCGUGAUCACCGUUGCUACAUGACAACGAUCGAGUUAUCAACCUUACCAAGGGCAUUUGCUGGGAGUUUGUGUUGGUGUGGAUGGGCAUUAGCUUAACUAGAUACAGGCAUGAUACAGGCAUUUGUUGAGAAAGCGUGUUCUUGGUUUUAGAACCACCUGGGUACAGUAAACCUUGGCUUGUAAAUUAGUUCAUCAAUAUUAAAAAUGUACUACGAAUAGCUUAAACGUCACUCGACACUAGAGUUCAUCCGACUAGUAAACGAAUGGAAUUGGACUUCAUCUGUGCCAUCUUUUGCAAGAUUUGCAUCCCUUCUCUUUGAGUUCGCAACCGACACCAAAGUGCACUCUACGCAUCAGUGACACCGCUGACCAGAGUUCCCCUACAGCAGACGUUUCUUUUGGCCUACGGCAAACAAUCGACGAUGGUGGCUGUGCUCGCGUAACGCUUCUUAAUUAAUUUACGGCCACCAAAUAAAUCUUCUCUCCUUUGUGUGAGCUCAUCUUGUUCACUCUAACCCAUCCGAACGCCACGGGGUUUUUUGGUACGCACGUUACCAUCGACGAAUGCAACGGCGCCUUAUCUUGGUGAUCUCGUCUAUUGUUCGGUACCGGGGCUGGUGUACGAAUUUCGGCAAAUGUAUAAAAAAACACAGUUUUCGUACUUCGUGUUCAUUGCCCAGGUCGCCAGGUAGGGGUGGAAUAAUUUCGUUACUACCCCACAUCACACACACGCUUCCUCCUAGGAGUGGGGUGGUACGAAAACAUAUUGUUGCACAAAUGCGCGUGCAUUCAGACAGAUCGAAUGACACAAAGGUAGGAACGUGUGCGAGAUACGAACCAGAUGCAACAGAUGCCGCAUGAAAGCAGUAUUGGUGCGCAUGGUGGUGCGUGACUGUUUGCGUCAAAUUUCCGCACGAACCGUGCGCGAUUGUGCGAGGAUCGUCACUCACAGCGUUUGUCGGAGAGAGAUCAGGUCUGUCGUUAUCCAUUCGUUCGGUAGUUGUUCGAUUGCGUUCGGAUUAAAGGGGGUCGGACAAGUUAGUGGGCGGAAUUAGUGGUGCUAAAUCAUGCUGAAGAAGCUGUUAAGAUCUUUCGCUUUCACAGUUCUUAAGUAAAGAAAUCAUCUCGACUGUGUAAAGUGUUGAUUCGAUCGUCGAAUGUUUGCAAAACCUCGUGUUACUUAGAAUGUGUUGUGUUCGUGCGAAACAAAACCAGCACAAGGGCUAGGCUGUGUGAGAAAACCCCAUUGCUGCACGUGCUCCAACCUAACUUCGGCAAGCGAUUCCUCGAACGCCUCGCACCUUGGAAAAGCUAUUUCUCGAAGCUGCCACCUCUUCCCCCCGGGCCAGAGGGAGAAAUUCAACGAAACGAACACCCUUCAGUACCAGCAACACGAAUGCUUUGCUAUGCUGGGAGAUUUCUUAAUUGAAAUCUUUGCACCCGGAAAGCGCAUCAUUCUUCGCACAGCGUAAGAGGUGUUGAGCUUGAGCAUUCAUUACAUCCCUUCGGGCACACCGGUCCACCGCAACCAACGGGCCCCUCCGAGUGGGAUCGAUCGCAAUCUUCACCAUAAUAGCACUGGCAACCCCAACCAAAAAAUGGAUGGACUCUCUGCACGCUUUGCAAAAGUGGUGAAUGGAAACUGUGGCCGCGCGCGGUGAAGUUCUAAACUAAAGCGUGUUGAAAGCUGCCGCUGAUAAUUACCGAAGGCGGUGUAAGGCGGUAGAAUCUAAACUUUUACAGCGGAACGUUUCUCAACGACAACUUUUCAUCGCCCCAUCACCACACAGGUCCGGAUUGACGCACGAAACGCUUUCUUCAUGGCUGCAGCUGCCAUGUACAGAGCGAUUUGAAUGAGCUUGGUGCCAAUCCUGUUUAAUAGAAAAAAUUUUGCCUCAGCCUUCUCGUAUGGUCGAGAACAACAUAAUUCCCCUCGUCUAAUUCGCCAAGAUUGCGCAGACACAUUGGCGAAAGAAACGGCUUCCACGAUAAAGUGUCCAGAAGCAAACGUUUUACGCAUUGAUUCCACCUGUCAUUUAGAGGGGUGGCUUUAACAAACCAGCCCACCUGAGUGGCUGGCAGACUGGGUGGAUCAGUUCCCGAACCACGAUACACACCACUACACUCGUGACCAUCUCUCCCUCAUCAGCGUCGAUCACCAUCAUCAUCAUCUUCAUUCAGCACCAGCACUCGUUCGGAUACCGUGCCAACGUUCGGGAGCAUAACGCAAUCGUCAGAGCGCAUCCACACGAAGUACGGCCGCGGAAAUCGAAAAGCUUCCCCAGCAGCCAGUAUCAGUUUCUCCCGGAGAGUGGUUUAGCUGCCGCGCGUGUACACUUCAAUUUGGCGGUGUACCAUCUUCACGAGAGCCUAGCGCGAGAGCCCGCAGCCAGUAUAUCCAGAGCACCGUCGCGGACGUCACACCGCUGGGAAAGGGUUAGGCCGGUGCGAUAGUUAAUGCGUCGCCGCAAACACGAACAGCGCACCAGUGUUGGCUCGGGUUUCGGACGAAGCGCGUCGCGAGUAGCAGCACAUCAACGAAUCCGGCAUUUGUGGACCUUUUUGGGGGACGGCCCGACAUACUCGAGCUUAACUCGAGGUGUUAUGUAAAUCAUUGUAAUCCCACCAACUCCCCGUCAUCACACGAACGUGGCUGUUCAGCGAACAUCCGCGAACAACUCUCAGCCAUAUUCUUAUCAUCCUCUGCAUCAUCACCAGCAUCCCGCAGAGUGUGUGUGUGUGUUUUUGUGUGAGAGAGCUUGUGUGCGUAUUUAAGAACCGAUCGUAUUCGCGUGUGGAAUAGUCUGUGCGCAACGUAAUAAAAUUCUCCAACGCGAACGGGUUUUUUGAGGAACAUCCGCAACUAAGAACUAACUGCGCACCGUACCAGUCAUUCGCAAACUGAACCUCUGCCAGCAAGGGACGUGUGACUUUACUGGACAUUCCGCAUGUGUGGCAUGUGUGAGAACACACUGGAAGGCAAAUGUUUUCGUGUGCCAUCCAGUCGGUGGUUGAACGUGAAAUGCUGACUGGUGCAAAAAAAGCAACACUAGCCAAUACCGCGUGUUCAGUGUAAACAGCCGACAGCAGCAGUAGCAGCAGCACCAGUGACCGGUGGUCGACCAGUGUCUUCCGUUUGACGAUGGUGUCGUUAGCGACAGUGCAGCACAUAUUGAGGGGCACCGAGUCCGUUCACACCAGUGUGCCGACCAUUAGCGCGAUAAGAAACGAUCAGUUAAGAUCAAGUUUGAGUGCGAUCGAUAGUGCCGUUGAUCUCGUUCAUGUGAUCGCUCGUUCAGACGAUUAGCCGUUUGAGUUCUGUAAGGUGACUCAGGUUGGCCAAGUGAUAAGCGAACCGUUUUUCGCGUUUGGUUCCACGACGUUGUGUAGAAGGGCACCGUUUGCGAAGGUGAAACGGAAACGCUUUGUGUCUAUGGGAGCCUUGUGUUGUUUUUACUUAUUAUUUUGAAUUUGCUGCCCAGUGCUGUACGUGUGUGCAUGUGUACUUCAAGACCAUUCCGGAAAGGUUUCGGAAGAAAGGUGUUUUCAACGCAUAGGAGGUCAUCCUCCAGCAGUGUUGACGGGGGAGGCGUAGGUAGGUGCUAAACGGAACGUUGCAACAUUGUGACCGACGUGUAUGCGGUGUAGCAGCAGCUAGUUAGCAUCCCCCCACAAGCAGCAGCUGCCACUCGGCAAGCAGUAACCGUGGCGAACGGAUCGACGUCAGCGUCUCAACGAUUCUGCAAGCGUAGCAUCACUGUGGCCAUCAUGUACUGGAUCCGGUCGAAGAAGCUGCGCGAGCGGCUUGCGCUCGGAUUCGGUGCUCUGCUCGUCCUCUUUACACUGCUGUUGGUGGUUGAUCUACAGAUGGAUCUGGGUGUGUCUAGGGGUGAGUUUAUCCCGUCCCAUGCCCGCAUCCGGUACGCAAACCAGCAGGAUCGAAGCGGGAUCUACAACGAGUUCCAUCGGAAGUAUCUGGCGAAAAGUAAUGCGUCCGGAUCGAAGGAAUACCUAACGACGAACGCGCAAGCACAGCAUCGCGGUCACACCGAUACCUCCGGUCCGGGCUACCCCGGCAAAUCGGCAUCGACAACUACCGAUCCACCACCGCACGAUCGUUUCAAGGACCUGACGGCACUUGUUGUGGCGCCGCGUGCCAGCAAACAUCGGGCACCGCAACCGUUCGAGCGGAUUAUUGUCCGGGAGGAAUCGUACACGGACGAACCGUUGGAUGAGGAUGAAGCUAAUCCAACGCUGGGCGAAUUGUUGGAUCUGCGGCCCGGCUUAAAUGCGUCCAACCUGGAGCGAUUUCAGCUGCGCAUCUCCAAGCGUGAACUGUACAGCCGAGAAGAUACGCUGGUGAAUGCGGUCAUCGACGACAUGAUACGGAUGCCCAUCUUGCACGUGGUGCAAAAGGAGGGUGGAACCCAGCUGAAGCUCAUCAUCGACUAUCCGAACGAUGUGCACGCACUGUUCAAACCGAUGCGGUUUCCGCGCGAACAGCAAACCCUGCCGAAUCACUUUUACUUCACGGAUUACGAGCGACACACGGCCGAAAUUGCUGCCUUCCAUCUGGACCGGCUGCUUGGAUUCCGGCGUGCAAUGCCCGUGACCGGACGCAUCCUUAACAUCACCACCGAAAUCUACCAGGUCGGCGAUGAGGUACUGCUGAAGACGUUCUUCGUAUCGCCGUCCAGCAAUCUGUGCUUCCACGGCAAGUGUUCAUACUACUGCGAUACGUCACACGCGAUCUGCGGCAAUCCGGACACGCUGGAGGGUUCGUUUGCCGCGUUUCUGCCCACGCAGGAUGAUACGCAGCGCAAGGUGUGGCGGCAUCCGUGGCGGCGAUCGUACCACAAGCGCCGGAAGGCACAGUGGGAAACGGACUCCGACUACUGCACGAUGGUGCGUGACAUUCCACCGUACGACGAGGGUCGCCGGUUGCUCGACCUGAUGGACAUGUCCGUGUUCGAUUUUCUCACCGGUAACAUGGACCGGCAUCAUUACGAAACGUUCAAAAUCUUCGGCAACGAUACGUUCCCGAUUCACCUUGACCAUGGGCGCGGGUUUGGUAAACCGUUCCACGACGAGCUGUCCAUUCUAGCGCCAGUACUGCAGUGCUGUUUAAUCCGUGCGUCCACACUGGAGACGCUGCUGCGCUUCCACAACGGUCCAAAAGCACUGUCGGAGGCGAUGCGUGAAUCGAUGGCGAUCGAUCCGAUUGCACCCGUUCUGUGGGAACCACACUUGACGGCACUUGAUCGACGGGUAGCCAUCGUGCUGCAGGCUGUGCGUGAUUGUAUCAGGAAAUCCGCGGAAGAGGAUGCUCCCGGUGGUAUUCCCGACGUUCCUAACGCGCUCGGUGAGAUGGAUACAGUGGCGAAGAAUGGAUUCUACCGUUCCUAGCGACUGGCGUACCGGCGAAGGACAGACCUGCAGGAGCGACAUGCGCGGCUUCACGCCGUUAAUCGGUACUCGAGGGCGGGCGAUGGUUCUGCUAAUCAGCCUCAGUAUCAUCAUCACCAUCACCACCACCACUAUCACCAACAGCAGCAGCACGGUGCUCCGAGAGCAGGCUCCUCGACGCGCUUCGAUCGAAGCCGAACUCUGUACAUAGUUUAAUUGAUAGUCACUACCGUGUGGUAGUCGUGUGAGCGAAGACUAAUGAGAAGGAGGGGGAAAAACUGUUAGGCAUUAGGCAAUAAGGGUUAGGAAAAAUUGUUUUCUAGACAAGGAUGUGAAUCACGGUCUGUGUGUGAGUGUGUGCGUUAGAAUGUGAGAAGUGCGCGUGUGAAACAAGUUUAACAGGGCGAACCAUUGCGAAUAUGCCCUUCGGCCUAGGUUCCUAGCGGUGUGUCAAACGAAAAUAAACGAAGAAUACGAUCGGUAGGGUUAGAAUGCAAAACAGCAAAUGGAAGCGAAUGUGCUUUUUUUUUAGUCUGAUAAGAACCAGGGUACGCUUACGAAGCAACACUCAACUAGCAAAAGGUACUAUAUUAGCAACAAACGCACACACCAUCCCUUACUUACAGUAAAAUUGGUUGUAAAGUUGUAAUAAAUGGAGAAAUAUGUGAACAUCGAGCGUAAAAAAGUUUAUCCAGGAGGAAACAAAAAUGAAGGAAUGAACAUGUAAUUUCCCAAACCACACAAACUCACAAUUUGACUGUUUAAGCUACUCACGGUGAUCGAAAAUUUGAGUUAAGUUUUGCAACAUUCAAUCCGUUAAGCCUAGCCGCGGUGGGUUUUAAUUCUAUCUGCCUAAACAUAACUGUAGAGCAUCCCGGACCUGUUAGGAAGUUUAGCACAUACGAGUAGGAAACCAUUGUUAGCACAAUAGUUUAAAAGUACGUCCUUCACCCAAUUGGUGGAACAUUUCCUACCGAGCGGGUGUAGCUUUGAGGCCAAAGUUUGAUAACACUAUAUACACGGUUAGACACGUUAUGGAUGGUAGGAGUACAUGCAAUGUUUCCAUCAAAUCAGCAGACGACAAAUGUUUGGUAUAAUUGUUUUCGUUCAGUUGUAAUGUUUUGAUUCUAUUCUCGUUGCUCUGUUAAGUGGAAUUUCGUUGUAAAUACUCUCGGUAGACAAGAGAUGACAGGAUUUGCCUGCUUUACAUUUCCCAGAACCAUAACACAAGGAAGACACACAAUUUUUUUCUCUCGUCGUUUCUCAAAGCCAUACGUUUUGAAUUUGCGAACAUGAAUAGUGGUGGCCAGUAAAUAGAAUUUAAAGAAGAAAAAACAAGGAUAUUGUAAAAUGUAGUAAGACCAAAAGCAAAUUAUUCAGACGCAAAACAAUAGAUUAAACCAAAAUAAUGACCGAUCAACUUGAUCGAGAGAUGAAAUCAAGAACAGGUAACAACUCCAUGAAUGGGAGACUUGUUUCAUCACACAUAAAUAUCCAAAUUACAAAAAAAAGGAAAACAAUAACUGCAAACGAUACAAACAUAGAUGGAAGAAGGUACCAUUUCACACAAAAGAGAGUUGCCACAGUUCAAAAACCGUGUGCACGCUAAGUCAAUAGGAGGUAUGUUCGAUACGUGCAUAUAAAAGAAGCCAUUGUGAUGUAUGUUUCUUAUUCUGUUGUUAUGUUUAAAUGGUGCAGCCCUCGCACGAAGGGACUGGCGAUUUUGAUUUUCGGUUCCCUCGAGUGGUGUAAAUCUGCUAUGUGUUAAAACUACUGGAAACGAAACAUUGCACACAACGGGCAGCUGCAGCUGGCAAGUGGAACGAGACAAGUGAAACGCAUUAAAGGGUAUAAACAAAACAUAAGAAAACACAUCAUAAAUACCACAAAAACAACCAACCAUGAUGGUGAGAAUAGCUAUAGUACACGUAACGAUUAUAAUAAUGGAAAUAUAAUGCAACAUAAUAUACGAUAAGAGAGCGAUCUAACAGGCGAAUAAUUCCACGAUUGUUUAGCUCCCUCACAUGCAAAAGCAUAGCUUUUCAUCUCACUUUUACAUAUCGUCAAACGCGUGCCCAAACUAAAACUUCCCGCCCGAACUUGGUGUUUCGUUUCGAUCGGAUUCAGAGGAUCGGAAGGAAAAUAUGCCAAAAAAAAAUUAAUUAAAAUCUCACUCGCUUCUUGUCAGCAUCGACAGCAAAUAUGGGGAUCAGUGCCAGGGUGUAUCGCAAAACCGUUUGCAAAUGUGUUCCGGACCAUCCGGAAAGGGGAAAAUGAAUGCAAGAAAAGCGAAACAGCACAAAAACAAAACAUAAACCGCAUAACAGAACACCGGUUAGCAAGCGUAAGGUAUCGAUUGCUCGACGAUAUUUUUUCCCACCAUUAUUAAGUUUGAUAUUCUUUGCCGUUCUUCCUCUACGUGGCCCUUUUUCAGCUGACUGCCAAUUUACUCCUCUAACGGAUAAUGUGGCAUGAAUAUAGGUGGCUAAGAAAUAGAAAAUUGUAUUUCACUACAAACCAUAGCACGAUCGAGGCAAUAUUGAAUCUGAUGAAUGGAUCGGCUAGUAUGAACGUUCCCGUUAGGGUGUUGUUCUUAUGCGCAAAAAAACAAUAACAAAAAAGCAAAACAUGAAAGAUCAUUUGAAUUAGCAAGCAAUCAUUGCUUCCCUUCGGAUGUGAUGAAGUGCGUUGAGUAUUGAAUUGUACAUUUUGUAAAGCAACAAAAACAACACUCCUUCCCUUCCAAAACAUUCACAAAACCCAUUCUUUUUAUUCAGAUUUAUACACCUGUUCGUUCCUAUCCGUAUAAGUGCGGAACGUUUCCCGCAUGUUAACCGAUAUAAAUCGUUAUUAUCAUCUACAAAAACUGUAUGAAACAGUGGGAGAAAUAUAAAAAGAAAACGUUUCCUUUUUGUUAUCUGCAAAGUUUACGUGCAAACCCUAGCUGUCGAAACACAUCGCAAAUGGAGCAAUAUUUCACUGUUAAAAUCAAUGUGUGUCAAAAAGCAAAUAUAAACCAUAAAGUCUAUAUAGGAACGUUGUUCUUCUGGUAUUUUUUUUUUUGGUUUUUGAAAUGCAAAAUAAAAACUAAACAAAUGCAGUAAACUAUCUCAUCCGCAUGCCGUAUCUCCAUUACCUUUCAUCUUGAUGAUCAUCCUUCGCCAGGGUAAACGUGAUUAUUGUACUAAAUAGUAUAAACAAAAGAAAACAGGAUUGAUAAACAAAAACAGGCAACGUAGUAGAAAGUUGAUAAGCAAAUCAAACGAAAGAAAAACAACUAUAAAAGCAAAAUGAUAAAAGUCUGUUGUUACUGUAUAGCUAAGAACAUAUUGAAAAAGAAAAAGUGAAUGAGGUGUGCUAACAAGCAACUAACCAGAGGUAACAUAAGUAAACAACUGAUCAGCUGUGGUAUCGAUUAUGAAUUAAUGAUAAAAAAAAACGUAUAUUACUACCGGAAGGGAAAACCUGAACGUAAAUGAAUAAACUAUGAAAUUUGACAGUUAAAAUUGUAAAAAAGAAA